AUGCACCCACGAACACACGAAAACCCAUGCAACCUACACAUGCUAUAUCCCCCCGUUCCAGGCUUAGAGCCGUGUGGCAGUAGUGGCGUGAACAGGACAGUAGUGAUCACCUUCACCUGCUUUCCUGGUACGCUGGGCUUCCCCGUGUCUGUUGCGGGAGGUGAGAGUGAGUGCGUGUCUUACUUCGAAUGGCAAACUGAGGCUGCGUGUGAGGUGCAGCAAGUGACAGGGGUUGAGUGUGAGCUCAUAGUGCCAGUAUCGAAGGAUAUCAUCGAUCUGAAGGACUUGUGGAAUAUAAAUGAUGACUACGAG